GGGGGGCCUCGUCGCCACGGCUGGAUUCGAUUCGUAGCUGCGCGUCGUCGUCGUCGUCGUCGCCGGAGCCAUUCUUGUCCCAAGCCAUCUUGCUUUGUGUCUUUGCCGCAUUCUUAGGGGAGUCGCCAUCGAAGAUGUCUCCGUACGAUGAACUUCCAUCGCGUGCGGUGGCUUCUAGCGGGACCCACAACACUGUCUGUUGCAUCGUCUGUGCACGUGCAGCUUGUCGCAACCGAUCCGCUAUGUCCGCCAGUGUCAUGCUGUGCCGAGCAGAGCGUUGAGGCGUCUACCAGGCCAGGCUGCUUUGUCCAUGCACUGUGGACGUUCAAUUAUUGUUGUUCGACUGGGCCGAGAUUGGACUGCUACAGAUGGGGUGAGGACUCUCCAGGAUAUGAUCUUGUCGUCCAUACCGCGAUCUCUGGAGUUCAGUGUCGCCAUCUUUGUCAAUCCCACGAGGCAUGUGUUUAUUGGACCUACUUGGUCGACGCGCCCCAGCUGCCCGAUGGCUUGCGUGGGCAAUGCUAUCUGAAAGGGGACGGGGCAGUCAAAAACCCUGUGCAAGCACACCCGUUUGUCGUCAGCGGAGAGCGCAUCUGCACUCAGUUUGGAGAGGGAAUGCCUCGUGCCGACGCGGCAGCGAGGCCAGGACUGGAUGUUCGCGUGCAGGGCACGCUCGUUCCGUGGCGAACGGCGGCAGGCUCUCUCAGCGCCGCGGCCGCAGCAGGUUACGCCGUGCUGGCGUCUGCGGGAACCAACCAGUGGCACGUAGAGGCUGCAGAGCUGGUGAGAACGCUGGGCUUCGUGGUCGUGCUUGACGCCCUCGAUCCAGGCAGCGUGCGCAGGCUUCGCCAGUCGGUAAAGGGGGUUUCAGAUCUCAUGCUCUCCCACGAUCGUGACCGCAUCGGCAACCGGGGGCCGAGGAGAUACAGCUAUGGUGGAGCCUCGCAGACUCUGCACAUGGUGCACGUCCAGGAGUGGGCAGGGCUUGUGGACAAUGCCGCCGUGAACGCGGUUCUGCCUCAUGUGUUUCCUCAGGGCUAUUUAGCGGUGGGCGGUGGUGGCGAUUUUGUCCUCGGCAGCACGAGCACGUAUCAAUCAUUACACUUGGAUGUUGGAGGAGGCCCCAUCUACGAUUUGGGCGUUCCACCUGCCGUCGGUGCGAAUUUUGUAGUGGACGACCUGACAUGCGCCGAUGCACCAUUGCGCAUUGUCGUUGGAUCACAUAGCAAUCCAGAUAAUCCGCCUUCUUUGAUGACAGAGGCGGAAGAUCUGAAGGCUUCUGUCAUUUGCCCGUUGCCUGCUGGAAGCGUUAUCAUCCGCGACUUGCGAGCUUGGCACGGUGGCACUCCAAGCGGCUCUGGCAAGGAUCGCUACAUGCCGAACGCGGAGUAUGUCAGCCUGCAGUGGGGCCAGCUUACUUGCGGAACUGGUCAAAUCUUGGACCCAUGCCAGCCGGUGCUCCCCAAGUCAUUAUAUGAGCAGAUGUCGCCGCUGGGCAGAGCCAUUUCGGAGAGCAUUGUCGACAGAUCCGGGAUGCUGGAUCAUCUGAUGCGUGAUGGGGAAUGGCUGAGGAAAGAUUUUGCGCACUUCGAGCGGCACCAGGCCCACGUCUUCUGACAGCCGUAGGGCCCUUUCUGCAGGCAGGUCGCGGAGCGAGAGCUCGUAGCGUCAGUAUCGCCGGGCCGACGUCCGCCCGCCCCGUCGCGCUCGCGGUCGGGCAGCGCGCGCGAGGGGCAACGAGGUGGUGCAGGAUGUGGGAGGCGCCAGCCGCAGCUGCCAGCAGCGAGCCGAGGGGGUCCCAGACAUCUGGCCGAUCCAUCUUUUUCGAUGCGUGGGCCCCGGAGGUCUGGACCAUUCUCCCAGGACCCGUUUUUCGUCCCGAGCCGUUUUUUUUGGACGGUCCCAGAGCACGGCGAGGUCCCCUGGAGGUCGAGAGCUGCCAGUUUUUUGGGAGCGUCGGGUCUCCGUGGACGCCCGCCGCAACAGCCAGCAGCAAGCCGACGGGGCGAUGCGGC